AAUAACAACAGUAGCAGAGAGAGAGAGAGAGAGACACAGAGAGAGAUGGGGAGAAGCAGUACUUACUAUGAUAAGCAUCAGGGACUGAAGAAAGGAGUCUGGGAUCCGAAAGAAGACCAGAUUGUCAAAGACUACGUCAAAAAACACGGUGUCGGAAAAUGGAGCAAAUUAUCUAGGGAAACAGGUUUAAAGAGAUGUGGGAAGAGUGUGAGGCUCAGGUGGUUAAAUUACCUGAGGCCUGAUAUCGUUAGAGGCAACAUUACCGAAGAUGAAGAAGAGCUCAUCGUCAGGCUCCACAAACUCUUGGGCAACAGAUGGUCAUUGAUAGCCGGAAGAUUACCAGGGCGAACAGAUAAUGAAAUUAAAAACUACUGGAAUUCCUUCGUAAAGAGGAAGCUGCAACCAGAAAACCCCUUGGAAGUGCCUAGAAAUGAGAAGAUCAGGGAGGACUCGCCAUCCUCCGCCGCGGUUGCCGCUGCCGCUGAGGACAGCCCACAUUUGACAGAAAACAAUGUUAAUGAAGAGGAAGACGAUCAUAAUCAGUAUCAUGAUUUUGACGUUGGAGUUGGCGUUGCAGUUGAGUCUGAUGCGAUUAACGAUAACGGUUCUGGUGAUGAUGAACAUCUGAGGGAUGACCUUUGGUGGAACAAUUUCAUGAUGGAUCUGAAUGGUACCGAAUGCAACGUAUCGGAAUUUCAAACUGACUUCACCGAGAUUUGGGAAUCUAAGGAGAACGUUAUCCCCGUUGGAGACUGCAGCACCGAUCAUCAUGACAUCAUGCCGACUAAUAAUUGA